GCGUUCUCCCGACCGAGCCGCUGGGGAGGCCGUGGGCGGCGCAGCUCCAUUGAUAAGAUCAUGGAGAAACCAGUGAGCUUGAUGAGGAGGGGCUUCAAUGAACUGCAGGAGAUGGGUAGCCGCCAGCAUCAGAAUACCAUGUGGAAUCCUCUAAACCACAGCAAAAUGGCCCCCAGCAAAGCAUCCAAAGCAGUUGAGCAAUACUAUCGGAGGCAGGCUGAGGGUCAAACAGCAAGUCUCUUGGCAUCAGGCUACACACCUGAAGUGGAGGAAUUACAGAAAUGCUUCCUGAUGCGCCCUGGAUGCCCAAGGUACAGCCACAGGGCAACUUCAACAUCUCACCUUGAAGCUAACUUUGGAAGACUUGCUGAGCUGCCCAGUAACAUUAGCACCCUAAGUUUGUCUUCCCAGAUAUCUUUGGAUGAUUGGAACAUGCUCUUUCAGAAUCAGGAACCCUUGGAUUCAAAGAGUUACAUCAAAUACUGGCCAUCUGCAUCCACCCAAAGCCUGUCUGAAUUGCCGAAGUGGAGAACUUCCAAGGAAGGCUACCCGCACCCCACCAGAACGAAGAGCCACGUGGGAAGCAGAAUCCCGUGGUACAUCUCGGUGCUUCGUGAGAAGGACUUGUCUCUAAAUAAGCUGACAGAAGAACUCGCCCGCCUUGCCACCUGCGAAGCAGAUUGUGCCCGGAAGGACGAGGUGAUCGCUGUCCUUCGGGAGGAGGUGGAAGCAAUGCAGAAGCAGCUCGACCAGCUUCGCCCUCGGGGGGUCGUCAUCUGCAAGGAGAGUCUGGAGGAGAAGAAUCUUUCUGAUGAGAAAAGUCUGGCGGAAGAGAGCAGUGCAAUGAUGCGCAAGCGAGUCGCCUCCCUGCCAGCCCACCUGGGACAGAAGAGCAUCCCGGAAGAGUUCCGCCAGGAGAUGGAGCGCUUGAAAUCGGAGCUAACCCAGACGGAUAAGAUCCUGGAUUCCAAGAUGGUCCUGCUCAAUGAAACCCUGUUGAAGGAUCAGGCGGAACUAGAGCAGCUGGAGAAGGAGUAUACAGAAAUACAGCAGAAAGGACAAGUGGAAACUGAGGAAGAGAUGCUCACUGGCACUGAAUCAAAAGUGGGUUAUGAAGGAGAGAUGGAACCUGAAGGACUGGAGGAAUCAGAAGGGGAAUUGAUCAUCCACAAGUUUCUUGAGUUCCAGAGAAUGAACAGCGAGCUCUGCGACGAACUGGAGAAAGUGAAAAAUGAUUAUGAUGUUGCCACAGGCACGAUUUCUUCCCUGCAAAGGCAGCUGUCCUUUGAGGCAUCCCAGCUCCGGAGAGCUCACGCCGAGCGGGAGUUACUGCAGAAGGAGCUGCGAGAGCGGGGAGCUCAACUGGAGGCCAUGUCCAACAAGUUUUGCAAUCUGAGGGACGACAGGAAGCAUGAGGAAAUGAUGGGCUCUGUCGAGAGAGAAAAUUACAAGCUCCGGCAGGACGUCUCCGACCUGGAGCUGAAACUGGCAGACAAGAGCCAGCUGAUCAGUGACUUGCAGAGCGACGUCGGCCGGCUCCAGGCGGAGCUGAUGGUGAACCAGCGCCACACUGGGAAGCAGCUGAGCCAGCAGAACGAGCUGCAGAGGCAGCUGGAGGUCUUGCAGCGGGCAGAGCAGCAAACCAGAGUCACGCUGGAGAGCAUCAGCGCCAGGUUUGACCGAUUUCGAAGCAGAAUUAUCCAGGCUACCUACAGUACUCCAGGGACCAAAUCACCCCAGACAGAAAUAACAGAUGAUGAGGUUUUAGAGGCCUUGCAGAAAAUAAUAACUGAUCGUCUGGACUUUCACCAGAUGUUGAGACAGAAAGGUGUGAAAGUCCCGUCCCUGCUCAGCUCCGAACCCUCUGCUCUGCCUUCCCAUAAGAAAAAAGGCUCAAGCAAAUAGCAACUCGUGUCUUUUGAACAUGUGUCCAUGGUUUCUCCCGCUUUUCAAAAACAGCACUCAGGAGGAUACUGAAUGGAAAAAAGGCCACUGCUGCCACGUUCUCUCCUCAGUACUUUGCUCUUUUCCCAGCCCCUUUUGAUAUUUUUUCUCCUGACUCCCCAUUAAAGAAUUGCACUCAGGUUUAGUUUUC